AGUAUUCCAGAUUUAUUCAAACUAUCGACUUCUUCAGUUCUACAAAAGAAUAAAAUUUCUGUUAUGAAUAUCGGGUGCUUUGCAGCAUGCUGACCGGAGGAGAAAUUCUUCUCAAGUGUUUCUAUUUGUUGAUAUGCUUACUUUUCAAAAAAGUGCUUCAGUUUUAAACGUCCAAUCAAUUUUCCAAAACCAUGUAAAUAUUACAGUGUUAUUUGAAAUUAUGAAAGUGAUUGAAUUGUAGAAUGUCACAAGCAGGUGGGAAAAAAGGAGCUGGAAAAGGUCCUUCUAAGGAUAAAAAUGAAGAUAAUAAGGAAAAAGAUAAAACAGGUAAUAAUAAAGAAACAAAAGAAAAAGAGAAAGAUGAAACUACCAGUAAUCCAGAAGGCGAGGAAGGAACUGCAUCAAAACCACAAAGCGCCGGUGCUAGCAUCAGGGAUGCCGCCCAAAGGAUCCUUGUUCUGUGCCAAAAAGGAGAAUGGGGACCGGUGGAUCAAAUUCUUAAGUCAAUGGAGAAGGCGAUUGCUAAUGCUGGAGAAGAUGCAAAUAAUGUACCUCUGGCAGGAGUUCUGGAUUUGGCUACCGGAAUGACACCUUUAAUGUAUGCAGUAAAAGACAAUCGAACGUCGCUCAUAGAUAGAAUGAUUGAGCUGGGGUCUGAUGUAGGAGCCAGAAAUAAUGACAAUUACAAUGUACUUCACAUAUCUGCAAUGCAUUCCAGGGAAGAUGUUGUCAAACUUCUGCUUGGUAAAAGAGGAGUGGAUCCAUAUUCAACAGGAGGGAGUCGAAAUCAAACGGCAGUACAUUUGGUAGCUUCGAGACAGACUGGAACAGCAACUGCCAUUCUUAGGGCUCUUCUCCAAGCUGCUGGAAAAGAUAUCAGAUUAAAAGCAGACGGAAGAGGUAAGAUACCCCUGCUCCUCGCAGUAGAAGCAGGAAAUCAGUCUAUGUGCAGAGAGUUAUUAAGUGCACAAACGGCGGAACAAGUUAAAGCACAAUCAGCCAAUGGAGAUACCGCUCUUCAUCUAGCAGUUCGACGAAAAGAUAUCGAUAUGGUGAGGAUUUUAGUGGAUUACGGUACCAGUGUGGAUAUUCGAAAUGGUGAAGGACAAACUCCAUUACAUAUUGCGGCCGCUGAAGGAGAUGAAGUACUGGUAAAAUAUUUUUAUGGAGUUCGAGCUUCAGCAAGUGUUACCGACAAUCAAGAUAGAACACCAAUGCAUUUAGCGGCUGAAAAUGGACACGCGAAUAUAAUAGAACUAUUAGCAGAUAAAUUUAAAGCGAGCAUUCUAGAAAGAACCAAAGACGGUUCUACUCUGAUGCAUAUAGCGUCACUAAAUGGCCAUGCGGAUUGUGCAAUGAUGCUUUUCAAGAAAGGAGUCUACUUACAUAUGCCAAAUAAGGACGGAGCUAGAAGUAUUCAUACUGCCGCAAGAUAUGGUCACGUAGGAAUAAUCAAUACGCUUCUGCAAAAAGGAGAAAAAGUCGACGUAACAACAAAUGAUAAUUAUACUGCCUUACAUAUAGCCGUCGAAUCUUGCAAACCUCUCGUCGUUGAAACAUUACUUGGGUACGGAGCUGACGUACACGUGAGAGGUGGUAAACUUAAAGAAACCGCAUUGCAUAUAGCGGCUAGGGUUAAAGAUGGGGAAAAAUGUGCAUUGAUGUUGCUAAAGUCUGGAGCUGGUCCCAAUCUAGCCACUCAUGAUGGACAAACACCUGUGCACGUUGCAGCCAAAUAUGGUAACCUAGUAACUUUGUUAUUGUUACUAGAAGACGGUGGCGAUCCACAGUAUAAAAACAAGAAGGGAGAAACUCCAUUACACUUAGCUGCAAGAGGCUGCAAAGCAGAAGUAGUUCAAGCACUGAUAAACUUUAUGAAAGAAAGUAAAGGCGAAGAAAAAGCAGCAGCAUACGUUAACGAAAUAAAUGACAACGACGAAAGCGCUCUUCAUUAUGUUUGUGCUGUAACAACCGAGGAGGUUGAAGUGCCAAAUUCGGACAGAAACGUUGCAAAAAUUUUAUUAGAAAGUGGAGCUGAUGUAAAACUUCUUACCAAACAACAUGAAUCCGCUUUUCAUUACGUCGCUUUAGCUGGCAAUAAUGGUGUUUGUAUGGAAAUGAUAUCGCAUAUGACACCUACGGAUUCUCAAAAAGCACUUAAUCGACAAAACGAUCAUGGCUGGACGCCACUUCUUAUAGCAUCGCGGAAAGGACACAUAGAAUUGGUAAACAAUCUUCUCGCGAACCACGCAAGAGUAGAUGUAUUUGAUUUAGAAGGUCGAUCUGCUUUACAUUUAGCUGCCGAGCAAGGUUAUCUCCAAGUAUGCGACUCCCUUCUCACCCACAAGGCUUUCAUAAAUUCAAAAUCAAGAAACGGAAGAACAGCUCUACAUUUAGCAGCCAUGAAUGGAUACGUCCAUCUCGUAAAGUUUUUGAUAAAAGACCAUAACGCUGUCAUCGAUAUUCUAACGUUAAAGAAACAAACACCACUCCAUUUAGCAGCAGCAGCCGGUCAAAUAGAAGUUUGCAAAUUAUUAUUAGAACUAGGCGCUGACAUCGAUGCUACAGAUGAACAAGGUCAAAAGCCUAUUCACGCAGCCUGCCAAAAUAAUUAUUCCGAAGUUGCCAAAUUAUUUUUACAACAACAUCCAAGUCUUGUGAUGGCCACUACAAAGGAUGGUAAUACUUGUGCGCAUAUAGCCGCCGCGCAAGGUAGUGUAACUGUAAUAGAAGAGUUGAUGAAAUUCGAUAGACAAGGAGUAAUAUCAGCCAGAAAUAAGCUAACAGAUUCCACUCCUUUGCAAAUGGCUGCGGAAGGCGGACACGCCGAAGUGGUUAAAGCUUUAGUCAGAGCUGGCGCUAAUAUAACAGAUGAAAACAAAUCCGGUUUCACCGCUGUACAUCUAGCGGCCGAAUACGGCCACUUACAGGUCCUAGAAGUAUUAAGAUCUUCCAAUAGUUUGAGAAUCAUCAGUAAGAAACUCGGUGUUACUCCACUUCAUGUUGCGGCUUAUUUCGGACAAGCUGAUACAGUUCGAGAACUUUUGACCCACGUACCUGGAACUGUAAAAUCAGAUGCUCCGAACGGAGCUUCACUUGUUCCUGCUCUUGGAAAUGAAUCAGGAAUGACGCCUCUACAUCUAGCAGCUUUUUCAGGCAAUGAAAACGUAGUUAGAUUACUGUUGAAUUCAGCAGGAGUUCAAGUUGAUGCUGCAACACACGAAAAUGGCUACAAUCCGAUGCAUUUAGCAUGCUACGGUGGUCAUGGUACAGUCGUUGGAUUAUUGCUGAGUCGUUCAGCAGAGUUAUUGCAAAGUCAUGAUAAACAUGGAAAAACAGGUCUACAUAUUGCUGCCCAGCACGGACAUUUGCAAAUGGUGGAAGUUUUAUUGGGUCAAGGUGCUGAAAUUAACUCGCAGGACCGAAACGGAUGGACUCCUUUACAUUACGCAGCUAGAGCAGGUCACGUUGAUGUAGUAAAAUUAUUAGUAGAAUCAGGAGCUUCGCCGAAAGCGGAAACUAAUCUUGGAGCUGUUCCAAUUUGGUUCGCCGCUUCCGAGGGGCAUCACGCUGUCUUGGAAUAUUUAAUGACCAAGGAACACGAUACAUAUGCCUUGAUGGAAGAUAGACGAUUUGUGUACAACCUUAUGGUCUGUUCGAAAAAUCACAACAACAAACCAAUAGAAGAAUUCAUCUUAGUAUCACCUGCACCCGUGGAUACCGCAGCAAAACUGUCGAAUAUACUAAUCGUUCUAUCAAACAAAGAAAAAGAGAGAGCGAAGGAUCUAAUAGCAGCAGGAAAAUAUUGCGAAGCUAUGGCAACUGAACUUCUAGCUCUAGCGGCUGGUGCGGACUCAGCUGGAAAGAUUUUGACUGCGACUGAUAGGAGAAACGUAGAAUUUUUAGAUGUAUUAAUAGAAAACGAACAGAAGGAAGUUAUUGCACAUACUGUAGUGCAACGUUAUCUCCAGGAAUUGUGGAGAGGAGCCCUCAACUGGACGGCGUGGCGGACGUUGUUAUUGUUCGUGUUUUUCAUAAUAUGUCCUCCAGUGUGGAUAGCAUUCACUCUUCCGUUAGGUCACAAAUACUAUAAAGUUCCGAUAAUUAAGUUCAUGUCGUAUUUAACUUCACACGUCUACCUCAUGACGUUUUUAUUAAUAGUUGCCAUAACUCCUCCUUAUCCUGUAUUGAGGAGAAGUUUGUUGCCUUAUUCGUACGAAUGGAUAUUAUUGGUUUGGUUAAGCGGACUUUUACUAUUCGAGUUAACCAAUCCUAGUGAUAAAUCGGGCUUAGGUUGGAUCAAAAUAUCCGUACUGUUGUUUAGUAUAUUCGGCGUGGGUGUACAUUUGUUGGCAUUUUUGCUAAACGAUAAAGUUAUAUGGCCUACUUUAUUGUACUGUAGAAAUCAACUGUUCGCUUUGAGUUUUGUAUUAGCUUGUGUUCAAAUUUUAGAUUUUUUAUCGUUUCAUCAUUUGUUCGGGCCGUGGGCUAUCAUUAUUGGUAAUUUAAUGAAAGAUUUAGCUAGAUUUUUAGCCGUUUUGGCUAUUUUCGUAUUUGGAUUUUCGAUGCAAUUUGUCGCAUUAAAUCAACCGUUUGCAAAUUUAACCCCUACUGAAUUGAUACGACUCAACAGACAAGGCGUUUUGAAACCAGGAUAUUUUCUAGACGUGAUAAUGAGUCCAAUAUUGGCGUUCGAGCUGUUAUUUUUCGCCGUCUUUGGCCAAACGACGUACGACGAACUGACAGUGAAACACAGAGAUCCGAAAAUACCCCCGUUUCGACCCUUAUGGACGGACAACCUCUUCAAAGUGGUAUUUGGCAUCUACAUGUUGGUUUCGGUGGUUGUGCUCAUUAACCUUCUAAUUGCAAUGAUGUCGGACACGUACCAGCGCAUACAGGCUCAAUCUGAUAUUGAAUGGAAAUUUGGACUGAGUAAAUUAAUACGUUCGAUGCAUAGAACGACUACAGCACCAUCGCCCAUCAACUUAAUAACAACAUGGUUAUUCUAUCUAGUUGACAUUUGCAAAAAAAGAGAUUUUCUUCCAGUGAAGGCCCGAAAACGCCAGAGUUUGGUUCAUCUGAUGGGGACUUUCCAAAAAUCAACCCAGCUGAGUCCUCGUUCUAAAGCUGGAGCGAAAUGGCUUUCCAAAGUUAAAAAGGGUCGUCAAAUUGCUCCAAAAGAAUCCGUCGCACUAUCAGUGGCUCAUCUGAGUCCUUUGGGCUCUCAACUGAGUUUCUCUAUGCAAACAACUAGAAUCGAACACGUUACAGAUUGGGAAGCUAUAGCUAAAAAAUAUAGAGCGCUAAUGGGUGAAGUGGACGAGACGAAAGAUAAGACUAAUGAAAGCGAAGAGGAAGGAACUGAAGAAGAAGUUCUUACGGCAAAUGCUAUACCAGUACAAAAUUCAUUUGGGUAAACUGUUGUUAACAUUAAUAUACCAUGUGAUAGUUUGACUAUUGAAAUUAAAAAUUAAAUUGUAUAAUUCACGUUUAAUUUUCAUCAGAUGGUAUAUGCUACUAACAAAACAAGACAUUUUCGAUUCAAUAAAUAUUAUAACAAAUAUUUUAUAUAUUCAACUAGAAGUAGAACUUUAUACAUCUUCUAAAUAUAACUGUAAUAAAAUAAAUAAUAUAAAGU